ACUUAGGGGGAGGAGGUGUUUGCAUUUCUCCGCAGGACCAGCUUCGUUUUGCAGAGCAUUGUCUGGGUAUGAGAAUCACACACAGAGAAACACAGGGACGAGCACAGCACAGCUUUGACUCGCAGACAGAGCAUCUGCUCCAGUCUGAGCCCCCUUCUUCUUCCUCAUCCCACCUCCUACAUCCCAAGCACGAAUAAUUCCCCCUAUAAAAGAAGGGGGGAAACACACACACGCACAAGAGGGGGUGCCCCAAGAAACCCAAACGAACAAAAACCCGGAAAAAGCAGGGAGAAAAAAAAGAAAACAAGGUAGGAAAAAAAAAAAAAAGAGAGAGAGAGAGAAGAGGAGAAAGUUUGCAAAUCUUCUGCUUCCCGUCUUGGCUUUGGUGGGGUUUUGUGGUUGCUUCUGUUUGGUUCGGGGUUUUAUCGGUUUAGCGAUGGCAAAUUCCUUCACGGCCAGGACCUGGCCCAUCCCCUGAGCAAAGGCAGCUUGGACAUGACCGGCAGGCGAGGGAGGAGGAAUUUGGAUUCCCUUCGGAGGCGCCGACCCCUCCUCCGCCCGGUGCGAACGGGGCGGGGGGAGCUCGGCUCCGGCCGCUCACUCGCCCCGCGGGCAGCCGGGGCUGGACCACUUUCUGCUGGGGAACGGCUCCGUGUGCCCCCGCGCCUGGCUACGACCCCAUCGGCGCCCGCCGCGCCCCGGCAAGCCGGGGAUGCAGCAUCUCGAGCACCGGGACAGAUCCCUGCUGCAAUGAUAUCUGAGCCUUGACUUGAAGAUCUUAAGCAAAAGAUCUGCAGAGAGUCUGUACUUCAGCCCUGAUAAUAGUAUUAACAAGCAGAACUUCAUUAAAGUGCAAGACUAAGAGAGAAGAUGGGCAUGAACUGGAAUAUCUGCUUCUUCACUCUCAUGCUGCUUCCAAUGGCUACAGCAACCCAUUCCAACUGCAUCAUUAAGAAGGAGCAAGAGACUUGUCUGGAGAAAAUACGGAGGGCAGCUGCCCUGAACCCUCUCAAUGACUCUUCUCCAGGUUGCCCAGGAAUGUGGGACAACAUUACAUGCUGGAAACCUGCAAGUGUGGGUGAAAUCGUCUUUGUCAAGUGUCCUGCGCUGUUCAGAUUCAUCAUCUCUGAAGAUGGUUGGGAAGUGGAUAACUUGGGGCAAACUCAUGCAGGUGAUUAUGACCUGCUGGAAAGCACAGCCCAGUCUCCUCUAGGGGACAUCAGCAGAAACUGCACUGAAGAUGGCUGGUCUGAACCUUUCCCUCAUUAUUAUGAUGCCUGUGGCUUUGAUGAAAACGAAACAGAGUCUGAUAACCAGGAUUACUACUACCUGUCUGUGAAGGCUCUGUACACAGUGGGAUACAGCACUUCUCUCGUUUCCCUCACCACUGCCAUGGUCAUCCUCUGUCGUUUCAGGAAGCUUCACUGCACACGAAAUUUUAUCCACAUGAACCUCUUUGUGUCUUUCAUCCUGCGUGCAAUAUCUGUGUUCAUUAAAGAUGGGGUUCUUUAUGCUGAGCAAGAUGGCAACCACUGUUUUAUCUCAACGGUGGAAUGUAAAGCAGUGAUGGUGUUUUUUCACUACUGUGUCAUGUCCAACUACUUCUGGCUCUUUAUUGAGGGACUGUACCUUUUCACUUUAUUGGUAGAAACCUUUUUCCCAGAAAGGAGAUAUUUCUACUGGUACACUAUCAUUGGUUGGGGUACCCCAACAAUUUGUGUCACUGUCUGGGCAGUGCUGAGACUUCACUUUGAUGACACUGGCUGCUGGGACAUGAAUGACAACACUGCCUUGUGGUGGGUCAUCAAAGGGCCUGUGGUUGGAUCAAUCAUGAUAAACUUUGUGCUCUUUAUUGGCAUCAUUGUGAUCCUUGUGCAGAAACUCCAGUCCCCUGAUAUUGGAGGCAAUGAAUCCAGCAUUUACUUCACCCUCCCACUUCCUCCCAGAUGCAGCUGCAGUCCAUGCACAGGACACAUGCGCAGCUGCGUUCAGAAAUGCUACUGUAAGCCUAAGAGGGCUAACCAGCACUCUUGCAAGAUGUCAGAACUAUCAACCAUUACCCUGAGACUGGCUCGCUCUACACUGCUGCUUAUCCCCUUGUUUGGAAUUCACUACACGGUGUUUGCUUUUUCUCCUGAGAAUGUCAGUAAGCGGGAGAGACUAGUCUUUGAAUUGGGACUGGGAUCUUUCCAGGGAUUUGUUGUUGCUGUUCUCUAUUGUUUCUUGAAUGGAGAGUUUCUCCCUAAAGGUGCAAUCAGAAAUAAAGAGAAAAUGGAGGAGCUGGAAAGUCAACCGGUAUUUUGCUGUGGAUUUCAAGCAUCGCCAUCCUUCUCUAGCGAGCAGCGGAGUGAACGGGGGGACACAACUCUCCAUUCUGAGCAAGAGCAGCUCUCAGAUUCGGAUGUCCAGCAUAAAUGCGGAGAACUUGGCAACAUGAGCAGCUAAGGAAAACCGAGCAACCCGCAAGCAAACCAAAAAUCACCCCUUCAAACAGAAACAAAUAGAUCAUACUUCUGCUGGUGGUGGAGGUCUCUCCUUUCCCUUUCCCUUUCCCUUUCCCUCUUCCUCUCCCUCUCCUUCCCCCAUUUUCUGCCCUUUUCCUUUCUCUUUCUCCUUCUCCUUCUCCUUCCCCUUCCCUUUUCCUUUUCCCUUUCCCCUUUCCCUUUUUCCCUUUCCCUUUUCCCUACUUUUCCCAUCCCUACUUUCCUUUUCCCUUCUUUCCCUUUCCCUUUCCCUACUUUUCCUGUCCCUACUUUCCUUUUCCCUUCUUUCCCUUUCCCUUCUUUCCCUUACCCUUCUUUCCCUUUCCCUUCUUUCUCUUACCCUUCUUUGCCUUUCUCUUCUUUCCCUUCUUUCUCUUUUCCUUUCCCUUUUUUCCCUUCUCCUUUCCCUUCUUCCCUUUUCCUUUCCUUUCUUUCCCUUUCUCUUCUUUCCAUUCUUCU